AUGGCCAAAGACUUCGAGUCCGUCCUCAAGGGCAAGUACCCCGGCAAGGCCCACGCCAAGCGCGUCGUCCAGACGCUCCGUGACAAGGGCGCCGUCGCCGACGGCUUCAUCUACCUCGAGGCCCGUCACACCCAGAUGCAGGAAGACAACGACGGCCCCGUGCCCUUCCGCCAACGCCGCUUCUUCUACUACCUCACCGGCUGCAACCUCGCCGACUGCUUCUUCGUCUACGACAUCCAGGCCGACAAGUCUACCCUCUUCAUUCCCCCCAUCGACCCCGAGGACGUCAUCUGGUCCGGCCUGCCCACCACCAUCGACGACGCCCUCAACCUGUACGACGUCGACGAUGUCAAGCCCAACACCGAGCUUGCCGCCACUUUGAAGAAGCUUGCCAGCGCCAGCCCCAAGGCCACCGUCUACGCCAUCGACGGCCAGGUCUCGGACCACGUCUCCCUCGACGCCUUUGCCGCCAAGGAUCUUCAGACUGUCAAGCCCGCUAUUGAGCAGGCCCGUGUCGUCAAGGACGAGUACGAGGUCGCGCUGAUCCGCCGCGCCAACUAUGUUUCCGGCCUCGGCCACCUCGCCGCCAUGAAGCGCGCCAAGACGGCCAAGACGGAACAGGAGCUCGAGGCCUCCUUCCUUGAGCGCUGCUACUCGUACAACUCCAAGGAGAUGUCUUACCACCCCAUCUUUGCCAGCGGUCGCGCCGCGGCGACGCUGCACUAUGUCGACAACACCUGCCCCCUCGAGGGCAAGCAGAAUGUUCUUGUUGAUGCUGGCGCCGAGUACAACAACUACUGUGCCGACAUCACCCGCACGUUCCCCAUUAGCGGCAAGUUUUCCAAGGAGUCCCAGGCUGUUUACGAUAUCGUCCUCAAGAUGAAGAACGAGACGAGCGCACGUCUCAAGGGCGGCGUCAACUACGACGACCUCCACAUCCUCGCCCACACCAUUGCCAUUGAGGGUCUUCUCGAGCUCGGCAUCCUCAAGGGCGACAAGGACGAAAUUCUCAAGGCUCGCACCUCGGCUGCCUUUUUCCCCCACGGCCUCGGUCACCACCUCGGCAUGGACUGCCACGACACCUGCGGCGGCCAGAACCGUCAGGACCCCGACAAGCUCUUCCCCAACCUGCGUCUGCGCGGCAUUGUUCCCACCAACUCUGUUGUUACUAUUGAGCCUGGUGUGUACUUCUGCGAGUUCAUCAUCAAGCCUUACCUCAAGGACCCGGUCCACAGCAAAUUCAUCGACGAGAGCGUCCUCAACAAGUACUGGGACGUCGGCGGUGUCCGCAUCGAGGAUGAUAUCCUCGUUACCGAGACGGGCCACGAGAAUUUGACUAACCUCCCCACCACGGCCGCCGAGAUUGAGGCCAUUGUCGCCAGCGCAUAA